AAUCCUUUCGGAUGGAUCCUGGCCGCCGUUCUUCACAAAGAUCACUAAGCAGGAAAACUGUUCCGUGAAAGUUGCGUGGAGUUAUCCCUGAUCGGCCUUUCGGUUCAUGGUUGUCAUGCUGCACUUGAUCGGCAUGUUGCACUUGAGCCAGGUACGAAAUGAAAGAACCUUAUUUUCUUUAUUUCAGAAAUCUGCCGGAUGGAAAUGCAGAAUCAUUCAACAUUGGGCACGGUAGCUGCGAUGGGUUUGAUUGUAAAGCAAUCGUCGGCUCGUGGUGAGCGAAGGAGUAAAGAGAUGUACCGUGUUCCAUGAUCACGUAAGACAAAUUUGAUGAAUUUAACGCAAAUUUUGGAGCGGAAACCGCGGCAAAAAGAGCGGUUCGGUUAGCUACAGGAAUCUGCAAGAAAACUCGCCUUUCGCUCGUUUCGUCGAUUAUCCCGCAUCGAUGUGUGCGUGAGAUGAAGCAAAUCGAUGAAAUCGAGAACGUACCAGCAAGCCCAGCGGUACUUCCUAGAAACGAAACGAGUUUUCGUCGUCAAACUGAAUCCGCGUUUUGCGUUUUGAUGCUGCUGUUUCGAUUCUCGAAGAACGAUUUUUGCAGUUUGGUGAUUUGCGUGUUCGCAAAAUAAUCCGCGGUAAAGUGUAGUUUUCUCCCCGUUGAUCACCGCCAGCGCGAAUCGAUGGGAUGUGACAUCUGGAAGUGGAGGAAAGUGCCCAACUCGGAAAUUCAAAGCAGAAGCGCAGAGCAAAAGUGAAGCCAUCUUUUUUCCGUUUUCAUCUCUGCUGCGACAGCGAUACUAGAGCGAGAGGGAGCGAUCGAAUGGUGGUCGAAGCGUGCGUGGAAAGCACGAGGAAGAAGAAGAAGGCUGCCGUGAAUGUGUGUGUGUGUGUAUGUCCGUAGGAAAAGGAUUUUCGGCGGAAGCAUGAAGUGAGAAGCGCGGUUCGCGCGGCCCUCGAGUAAAUUGCCGUCGGAGAAGUUCCAAGGGGAAAUUAUUGCGGGCAGAGAAAAGGGGGAAUGCUGCGGGUUUAGGUGAAGAAGAGUGGUGAGACACGCGCGCUCUGCUGUGUACGUCGGAGUAGUGAGAAGAGGGCCGUUUUUUGAGCAGGCGGCAGUGAGAAAAGAAGAAAAAAAAGCUGCAAUCGAUUGCCGCGGUGGUGUUUGUGAAUGCGAGAGUGCGUGUGAUGUGGCCUCCAUCUUUGUGUGCCGCCAUCAAUAAGGUGAGUGGUGUGUUCUAGAGGCAGCCAGCUACACGGGACCUGCUCCAGCGCCAACCGCGAAAGUGCAUUUUACGGUGAAAAAGGAAUAAGAAGAGGCCGCUGGCCGAAGCUGACGCACCAGAAAAAUAUUCCCGACGCCCUCGAAGGAUUACGGGGCGUUUCGCGCGCUUCUCUUCGAUCCGUUUGCUGCCCGCAUUCUCUGCGAUCUGGCCAGAGGCAGGCCCUACCCGGUGGUGCUCCGUUGGUCGCGUCAUACGAUAAAAGUGCAUCGCGUAUGCUUCGUGCGUCGUUUCGAUUUCCGCUGGAACAGCCGGAGUUUUGUGCUCUGUACGCGCUUCGUGUGUGUGUGAGAGAGUGCGUUUGCAAUUCCAAAGCUAUGCUAGCAUCCGUUCUGAAGAACCGAGGCUUUGAAACACCAACGUCUGGCAGGCGCCUCCCGCUGGCGUUCUAAGCUCGUGCGUGGUGAGCGCGCGGUUUUGAAACCAGAAGUGAGAAGAAGACGGCGGGCGCUUGUGAGCUCUCGUGAUAAAGGUUGGUCCCGUCGCCGAGUGCACCAAUACAACCAGAGAACGUAUUUCGCUCGCGUUGUUUCAUAAUCAAGAACGAGCGGCGGUGCGCCUCCUGAAUUUGCCCCACCGUGUUUGGUCUGACGCGUUAAUCGUUAAGCGAUUGUCCGGCACGAACCCGGAAAGCAAAAAUCACUGCUUCUAAGCCCCUUGGUCCGAAGGGCCCAAGAGUAAUUACUCGAGCCACCAGCGAGCGGGAUAACCCCCGAAACGUGUAGAGUGUGCGUGGUCGUCAUCCUCGGAGACAUUGCAUGGUCUGGAAACGAUAUGACAGUGUAGUUGAAUGCGGGAUAUACACCACCCCUCAACACCUCUCUGGUCUAUCCACGACUGCAUUCGAUCCCUCUAUCGUGGUGCACCGGUGAAUGGGCCUUGCGGUUGCAACGUCGGUGACAACGAACGCUCUGCGAUCCGAUGCAGUGGAAGCAAUGGCUCCCGCUCUAACAGAGCCACUAAGCCAGAGCAAACUGUCUUCUUCGGCAGCAUCAGGUGCCUCCCCACGUACGAGUAGCAGCACGACGACAACCACCAGCCUUGGCACUACGCUUGCCUCAACAGAUGCCGUGACCUCUUACGUUGAUUCUGACGCAGUCCCUGUGCAACCGAAUCAACAAGCGCCACCAACGUCCUCCGACAGCGCUCCGGCAGAAGCACUCGUAGCGGAAGUGACUACCGGAAACAGCAGUACCUUCGUUCCGCAAGCAGGAUUAACGGCAGAAACGGUGGCUCCCCUUCCGGUGGCAUCCGGUGCCGAAGAGGUCACGAUCGGCGGCACCACAGUCGAUGACAUACAAAACAACAACAGUAAUGGUGGCCCAGGGGGGGUGAAGAGACAUGCUGAAAAAGAUCGUGAUCUGAUCGAGUUGGCUCUAGAACAAAUUCAUCAGGAAGCUUCCAUCGGUGGAAGCACUGCUGGCAGUAUCCCGGAGAUGGGUGUCCAUCCAGCACCUGCCGGCACCGCCCUAGAUGGUUUGGAAAAGGCCACCAUCUCCACCACCCCGACGUCUAUGAGCAUGCCAAUAAACAUUCUACAACCUGCCGCAGUGGGUGGCUCCAGUGAACAAAUUCCGAUAGACAUGGCAAACACACCCAUCGUGCUGUCGACUACCACUGGGGAAAUGUUCCAGGCGCACUCAAACACUCCACAGCAACUCCAACAAGCGCCACCACCACCGCCACCGCCAUCACAACAAGAAUUGUUGCAUGUACCGACGCAGGAUUCAUCGCAAUCGUCGAUCGGGGCUGGUAGCGAGUUGGGUCUCCAGAAGGACUACCUGAAGGAAAGCGCGGAAAUGGACCAGAUGAUUCACGAGCUGUCGACGGCGGACAUCGAUCUGCUACAAGUACUGAAAAGUUUCGAUGGCAGUGGGCUGCUGCUGUUCAGUGAUGUAGAUGUAGCUAACCUUUGCGAUGGUCCAGACGGUAGCAGCGGCCUCGCAGCUGCUUCUCCGAACAAGGAUCGCGAGCGUCUUGAGUUGCACGCUGAAAUCAUCAAGCGUCAAUUGCAAAUGCAACGCAAGUACGAUUUUCUCAUGCGUCGGCUGAACAAAUUAGCUGCUCGUUAUAUGGGCCAGCACGUGAGUGAAGAGACCGCUGGAUUGUUCGAAUACGUACAGCGUUACUGGAAAAAGCGAGAGAAAGAGCAUGCGAAGCAGCAGUUACAGUUCAAUCAUCCCAAUGCGACGACGACGGCGGCAGCAACGACAUCGAUGGCACCGGCAACCGGUGGUCAACAAUGGCCCGAUAUCAUCCCCUACCAAGCCCCUGCAGCAGGGGACCAGCAGCCGGAAAAGCUGAAACCGAUCUCGGCGAACGCGCUCAAGACGUUCACCAAGCGCUUGGAAGGAAUUUCCAACACGAUCUGCUCGACGCAAAGUAAACGCAUCCGGUACAGCCGCUAUUUUACCGGCGUGAACAACAUUGGAGAGACAGCGGCUGAGCAAUCAUCUGCUGCCGGUGGAUACGGCAACAUUUCCAACACAAUUCCAUUGUUCGAAAAGGGAGCAAUCGCAGAGCUGGAGCAGACCGCUGGUCUGUUGCACGCCGAGCUGCGUCAAGUGCAGACGAACAUUGACUCAGACGCAACACUUAGCAGCUCUGGUGGCGAAUCGGCAGAUGAGUCCGUGCCGUAUACCAACACUUCACAAUUACCACUCGCAAUCUCAAAGCGAGCUUUAUGGAAGUGGUCUAAAGAUCGUGCCGCGGUGGCAAGUCGUUGGACGUGGCUACUUUCUCGCGUAGCCGAUCUCGAGUAUCGCAUUCGGCAGCACAACGAGCUGCUGAUGAAGAUCCGCAUCAAUAAGGGCCCUAUAACACUGGAAGAUCCUCUUCAAGAGGCCAGCAGUGCCGGUGGUAGCGACAGCAACACCAUCAACUCGCCGCACUCUGUUAAUGGGUAUCGCGGGCAGCUUCCAGGCAGUAGCAAACCGCUAACGACAGACAGCGCUGCUAGCAUUACCGACGAGGAGGAAGACAUGAUGAGCUGUUCCCGGUCACGACCCUACAACCGCGAGAAGUUCCGCAAACGAAAGCUCCUGCAGACACCAAAUCUGCACAUCAUUUCGAAGCGAGCAGCAAGACCGAGUAACAUCAAGUGUGGCUGCCAGUGGCCACUACAACCGUGUGCGCUGUGUACGGGGAGACCGGAUCCGACAGCACCACGAGAUCCACCUGCUACGAUGCCAUUCGCCGAACGAGUCGCGUUGUUGGAUUCUUCCUAUCAUCCUGUGCUCAGUUUCCCGGAAGAUACUUCUCACUCUAUACACCUAGAAGCGAUCAUGCGGCUGCCCGAUGUGCAGAAUCGAAUGAUACGGACUACGCAUACCAGCAGCAGUACUGGCAUGGGCUCGACCAAGCACGGUACCAGCUCAUCGUACAAACAUCUUUCCACCAGCUCCUCGCGUGCUGGUGGCACCAACGCUUCAUUCUUCUCGUCCGGUGACGAAGGCGAUCACUCUGCUCAUGGAAAGCGGUACAUUAGCUCAGAUAGUAAGCGGAAGCUUGAAAGCAGCAGCAGCAACAAAUACAAAUCCAACGAUCGUUCCUUCACUGACGGUGGAAAUAAAUCGAAGAAAUCGAAAUCACGGCGUGAUGUGGUGCAAACCAAUCGAAAAUCUGGUUACGGCACUCACGCAAUGGCCGAUGGUAGUGGGUAUAAGCUGAGUGGAGCCGGUGGUUCAAAUGGUCACUAUCAGAAGAAUAACCAUCAAAGCAAAUCGCGGAAAUCUUCUCAUUCUUACGAUCACCAUGGCGAUGGGCUGCAGGAUGGUAAUGGUAACGUCAGCCGUAGCAAGAACUCUUCGCCGACACCAAAUAAUCAGCGUAACGAAAGGAGGCAUCGUAUUUCUUACGAUAUCGACAAUAUUGUUAUUCCGUACAGUAUGGCGGCCUCCAACCGAAUAUCGUUACCUCAGUACAAGGACAUAGCGAUACCAAAAUGGCGUAUCGUGGACGACGAGGAAGAUGAUGGUGCACCAGAGCAGACGGACAGAUCACAGCUGAACACACCGACAAAAGCCAGCAAUCAGGGUGCAUUAUCGCCUUCCUCCUCAACGACGACCGCAACAGCAAGCGAAGGCUGCAGCAUCGUAUUAAAAUCGGAAUCUAUUGAGGCCGACGUAGUGAGUGGGAAUGAAAAGUCGGAUACGAAACCAUCGACGCAACCACCUAACGGCACGAAAGCGAACUCCUCGUCCACCUCCUCUAAGCUUGUUGGCGACAGUUCGGCAUUGGAUAGCGGCAGCAGUAAUGUCGAAAGUCAGCAGCAACAGCUGAUCGUGAUACCGGCGCAAGACGAAGAGGACAUCUCAGAGGAAGCGAUCCACCUGAAGCACGAACGGGCACUGCAAGAGGAACGUAAAAAGUUCCAAACGUACAUGAAGUUCCCGUGGAGUAGACCGCGAGCGAAUCGACGAACGGAGAGUAGAGCUGGAUCGAGUGGAGCCAACACGCCUGAUCCACCUUCUCCAGCACCAGCCACUACCAUGGUCGAUCACGACUCUCCCCCGACGUGCCCAUCCACUCCUCUCACUCCACAGGAUGGACAAAUGUUGUCGGAAACGAAUGUGAUCAAUGCUAUUAACAAAAGUCUUCACAAAAAAGAACGUCGUCGAACAGUAUCAUCGAAGCGAGACGAGCACCAGCAGCAGCAGCAUGCCCAGCAUACAACUGGUAGCAAUACUCCGCCAGACACGCGUGAGAUUGUAAACCCGUACGAGUCGCUGCAGUUCCCAUUGGCGGACGAGGUGUACGAACAGAUGUUGCGCACCAUGCCGAGCGAUCACGUCACUUUGGUUGACGAUUAUUGUCUGAUUGAGAAAUUACCCCGAUCGCGUCAUCCUAACAACAAUGUACUGCUCGUGCUCACAUCGAGUAUGGAUUUGGCUCCGGCCAGCCUUGGCCUCAGUGCCAAGAAUCCUCUCAGCAGUAAUGUCUCCUGCUCCUCGACUACGAUGUCGGUUAACGAAACGGAUCUCGAGGAGUUCGAUGAUGAAGAUCUAAUGCUGGCCAAGCGUACCGAGAAUCAGCGCAUCAUGGAGCGGCUACUGAACAGCCGGGACGCGUCACAGCGAUAUGAAAUCGUGCCACCGACAGCAAAACCGAUGCUAGACGAGGACGAGCAGCUAGAUGACGAGGAAACGGAUACUGGAGAAUCGCUGUUCGUGGAAGAGGACGAUCCAAACGAUCCGGAAUGGUACGAUCGACCGCCGGGCCGUGUCGGUGGGAGCGGGGGUGGGGCAACUGCAAGCGGUAGAUCAUAGAUAUCACUUUCUGUGCGCACAGAAGCAAACAUACGUUUAACCACUGUAUAGUUUUGUUUUAGAUUAUUUUAUAUGUACUAUAUACUACUAUCCCAUUGAACGCGCGGAACAGUAGAAAUACGUCGUUGGGAUGUUUUGGCAAUUAAGGAGAGGUUCAAUCUUAAACUUGGAAUCAUAACCAGAACUUUUAUUUUUUCUUUGCAACAAACGAAAGUAAAUUUCUUUUAUGAAAGUCCCCUUUUCCACUUUCCGUUGAGUGGGCCUUUCAGCACGUUUCACUGCACGUUUUCACUGCAGCUGAAAAACAAACCUCUCCCAGUGGGUGGGAGUGUACCGCACCGCAGGGGCACUGGAACGGGACAAAUAAUAAUAAUGAACGUUGUAGCCAUAAUUCGAAUCAAAGCUUUAUCUCAUCCCAUACAUGCACAUUUCACAUUUCCGAGUGUGCGUACAUUGUAUGUGAAGUACUUUCGAAAAUAACAUGCCAGUUUUGUUAAGAACUGUUGCGGUAUGUUGCCAUCGGUCAACUGUUAAUCAACCCCAAUUACAUUGUGUACAGUUUAAAUCGCAAGAUUCUCACCUAUACUAACGGCGAAAGGCGAAUCGUUACUGGCUCAAUCGACCCUGGAAAUCGUUACAUUUGCUUUUCUCAUUUACCGGGCAGUUCUGCGAGUACGAUUACAUAGCGCAUUAGAUUAACGUUUUAGUUGCCCUAUGCAAACGAGACUUUCAUCUCUCAUCUAUCAUCUAUUUUGAGGCGUUGUGGUAAGACGGUUGCGGAACGGAUAUAAUCAACAAAGGGAGUCUGUGUGAGAUAGAGAAAAAGAGAGUCCACCAGACUUUACUAUAGAAAUUUCAAAAUGGAUCUUUAUUAUUUCCUUCUUUUUGUUUGUUUAAACCAUAAAUGGUGUACCAGUGGCGGCUGCUAUUUGUUGUUAGUCGUACUAGCCUUCUAAGAAACAUCUGACCUUGGCUGGCAGUUUUUAGUUUUGGAAACAAUGGCUUAUCGUCGUGUUAGUUACAAAUGAAAAAGGAUGAUGCUUUCAGAAGAAGGCGAAACAGUACGCGUUACAUGCAACAUUACUUAUGGAUUGCAUUUAUUCUUACUUGACUUUUCCUGCUUUCGAUUUCAACAGAAAAUACUAAUUAAUCAUCACAUCAUAUUCCCAAUCAAUUGAAGGACAACAGAUGCUCAAUUUAAUCAGCAUCAUUUUAACCUGGCUGACGGAAUCAUAUAAAUGCAGAUGACACAAGCUUUAUGCAUGAGAGAACAUGUUCCAAUGAUCUCCUGGAAAAUGCUCCCUCAAAAGAGAGCCUAUAGAAUGUGGAUGUAACGAGUAAAAAGUAUUUUUUUUAUGUUUUAAACUACAAUCAAAUUCUAUAGAUCACUUCCGAUCCCUUGUUUGUUCCAUUAAACGCCAUUUCACGGUAAUUUAUUCGUUAGCCACUUUUUUGUCGUCAAUAUACGAAAUUGUAUUCGCGUGCUGUUAUGAACAUUGGCAAUAUUUCUCGGUUUGUGUUACACAACUUUCCAGUAAAACAAAAUUGUUAUGCUAUAGUGUGGUGACCGUAUGCAAAAUCUAUGAAAAAGUGUAAAAAAAAAAUUAAGAGGGUGAAUCGAAAUGAAGUCGUUGAUUAAAUCUUUUCGACUGCAAAGAUAUAACAAGAGAAUGGAUAAAAUAGGAACAGAGUUGAAGCAUGGUACAAUUAAGUUUCAUUUUAACGCGGUUUUUGUUUUGCUAGCCUACAAAUGUGCAUAAAUAUUUGUUCGAAUAGUUGCACUAGCUUAGCAGCUGCAUUUUGGUCGAGUGAUUUGCUUCUAAAGUUAGCGACUGACAGCAGCCAUUAAGCAUAUGCCAUCCGGUGUGGCAUGUAAUAGCAUAAGCGACUCAACCGACACAAAAGGAAAACAAAAAGUCAGACAUGCGUCUAGCGUUUAUAUGUACAGUAUAUAGGGCUAUGUUACAAAUUAUUUGUAAUUGAAGCAGCCGUAGCAGCAAAUAGCAGGAAGUGCAAAUACACCGCUCUACUCACGCUUAACAAACUGCAAGCAUAACUCACAGUAAGUAACAUGAAAUGGCGGAGUAUCGUCGUUUUGCCACGCGCGCGUGUGUGUGUGUAUAUUUAGCAUCUAGUUGGCGCUAGCAGAGAACGGAGGAAGAACAAACCUGUGCGCUGUGGUGGCAUGGAGAUAACGUAGGCUAUCAGAUGUAUCAAUGAUAAGAGUAUAUAGUUUCGUAUCGUACAUAAAUAAUAAAUAGAGAGCAACAAAAUGGAAAAUUAAAGAGUGGGCUGGUGAAAAUUACAUUUGCAUGUUUUUUUUUUGGGAAUGAAAGAACGUGUUGUAUCUUUUUCUUUUAUUCACAGCAAGGG